AAGGAUUCCACAAAAAUCAAAUGCCAGAUUUUUAUUUUAUUCUAUAGAUGUCGCUCGUGUUUGUUAUUGUACGUAGAUAUGACCAGAGCUUAACUUGGCUUAACUCCUGCUCGUACUCGUAGUUCGUAGUGCUCAUUCUGUUUUCAGUACAUACAAACAAUCAAGUAUGACUGUAGAUUAUGAAAAUAUAAUUGUUAUAUAUUAAAAAUUUAAUGCUCCCAAGCAAGUCGUUAGACCAGAAUUGGAAUUUCAACUGUGCCAACGAGUUCGAACCACUUUCAGCAUAACUAUAAUGGAGGCAGGAAACGCUGCUAAUGAGGAUAAAUCGGACAGCUCCCCAGUUGAAGAGCAACCCAGCAGCAUAGCCGAAACCGCGUCAGAUGCCUUGGAUGCUGGGAAUGCUGCAGGAGCUAACGCUGAGCCUACCAAACGUCCCAAACCCGCCAGUUCAGAUAAGUCCAAAAUUGAAAUACUCCUGAAAGCUGCUGGUAACGCACCCAUACUGAAGCAGAAAAAGUGGAUUGUGCCCCAGGACAGAACCAUCGGCUGGAUCAUGGACUUCAUUAAGCGUUGUCUAAAGCUGGAAGGGGGCGAAAAUCUAUUCUUAUAUUUGAACCAGUCUUUCGCACCAUCGCCAGACCAAGUGAUUGCUAAUUUGUAUGAAUGUUUUGGAGCAGAUGGGAAUUUAGUUUUUCACUACUCAUUGACUCCAGCCUGGGGCUGACUUCUCAUGCUUAAAUGUUUACCAGUUCCCAAACAUUUCCAACUUUGAUGAAUAAUAUUUGUGAUAUCAUGUAUGUAUAAUUUUUUGACUGAAAUAAACUAAUAAUAUUGAUGUCGAUGCAAUGUAAACGGUGA